AUGUUGUGACGGGAGGCUCCGAGCCUCCGGCAGUGCCUCCGCCGGGAGGCCGAGCCCCACGGGAGGGCUGGGGAUGGCGAACGGGGCAGCCACACGCACCGACCCGCGAGGGCACCGGCGCCGGAGGAGCACCACAGGGAUUUGAAGCUGGGCCAAACGGCGGUGGAAAUGUGAUUGUCGCCGCACCGAGCCUGCGAGCCGAGGAAACGCAGCGCCGGAGGGACGGGAGGGACACCGAGGGGACAGGAGUGGGACGCUGGAGGGACAGGAGUAGGACACUGAAGGGACAGGAGCGGGACGCCUCGCACCAGCCCCGGUUCUUGCUCCGCAGCCAGAGGGUCCCCAGACCCUGUGGAGCCAGGCACGGAGAGGGGACCGCGGGUCCUCGGUGUCCCCGCACGCCUCAAACACCACGGGCCGGCCCGGAGCUGUCCCCCGCCAGCUUUGCGACCAGACCCCGUCACCCGUCGGAGCCCGAUGAGCAGCCGAGGCCGUGCGUGAACCUAUGCAGGCCAGGAAGAAAUACAUUCUCGUGACUUUCCUCGCCUCCUGGCUCCUGCUCUUCCUCCUUGGAGGGGACCGCCUGCGCCGUUUCGCUUUCUUUUCCCGGACGAAAGCCGGGGCCCGGAGGAGCUGGCCCCGCUGGGCUGAUCGGUCCCUCCUCAAAAGCUUCGGGGACCCCGAGGAGCCGCAGAGCCAUGGGGACCCCCCGCCGCCCUCGCCCCGGGCACGGCGGGCGGCGCGGCUGAGCGCCUACAAGGGCAGCCGGUGCCGCAUGGAGACCUGCUUCGACCUCGGCCGGUGCCAGAGGCAUGGCUUCAAAGUCUUCACCUACCCGCGGGAGCGCAGCGAGCCCGUGUCCGAGAGCUACGGCAAGAUCCUGGCCUCCAUCGAGCGCUCGCGCUACUACACGCCGCGCCCCGAGGAGGCCUGCCUCUUCGUCCUGGGCAUCGACACGCUGGACCGCGACCGCCUCUCGGGCCACUACGUCCCCGACGUGGACGAGAAGAUCCGCGGCUUCCCACUGUGGAACGGCGGCCGCAACCACCUCGUCUUCAACCUCUACUCGGGCACGUGGCCCAACUACACCGAGGAGCUGGGCUUCGACGUCGGCCAGGCCAUGCUGGCCAAGGCCAGCUUCUACGCCGAGAGCUUCAGGCCCGGCUUCGACGUCUCCAUCCCCCUGUUCCCCAGGGACCACCCGCAGCGGGGCGGGCAGAGGGGGUGGCUGCAGCGCGGCGCGGUGCCCCCGAAGAAGAAAUACCUGCUGGCCUUCAAGGGGAAGCGUUACCUGACCGGCAUCGGCUCCGGCACCAGGAACGCGCUGCACCACAUCCACAACGGGAAGGACAUCGUCUCGCUCACCACCUGCAAGCACGGCAAGGACUGGGAGAAGCACAAGGACACGCGCUGCGACAAGGACAACGUCGACUACGAGAAGUUCGACUACCAGGAGCUGCUGCACAACUCCACCUUCUGCAUCGUGCCCCGCGGCCGGCGCCUGGGCUCCUUCCGCUUUCUGGAGGCGCUGCAGGCUGCCUGCAUCCCCGUGCUGCUGAGCGAUGGCUGGGAGCUGCCCUUCUCCGAGGUGAUCGACUGGAGCAAAGCCGCCGUGGUGGGCAGUGAGAGGCUGCUCCUGCAGAUCCCCUCCGCUGUGCGCUGCAUCCACCCGGAGCGCGUGCUGGCCUUCCAGCAGCAGACCCAGUUCCUGUGGGACGCCUACUUCUCCUCCGUCGACAAGAUCGUGCACACCACGCUGGAGAUCAUCAAGGACCGGCUGCUCCCGCACCGCUCACGCUCCCGCUUCCUCUGGAACGUGCCCCCCGGGGGGCUGCUGGCCCUGCCCGACUUCUCCACGCACGUCGGGGACUUCCCCUUCUACUACCUGCAGCACGGCUCCAGCCCCUCCGACAAGUUCACGGCGCUCAUCCACGCCGUCUCGCCGCUGUCCCAGCCCCUCCUCAGGCUCAUCCAGGCCGUCUCCAAGUCCCAGUACUGCGCGCAGAUCCUGGUGCUGUGGAACUGCGAGAAGCCACCGCCAUCGACCGAGAAGUGGCCCCAAAUCGCGGUGCCCCUGACCGUCAUCGAGGGCAGGAGGAAGCUCAGCGACCGCUUCUUCCCCUAUGCGGCCAUCCGGACGGAUGCGGUGCUCAGCCUGGACGAGCACAGCAGCCUCUCCACCAGCGAGGUGGACUUUGCCUUCGUGGUGUGGCGCAGCUUCCCCGAGCGCAUCGUGGGCUUCCCCGCCUCGAGCCACUUCUGGGACACCGAGCAGCAGCGCUGGGGCUACACCUCCCGGUGGACCAACGAGCUCUCCAUCGUCCUCACCGCCGCCGCCUUCUACCACAGGUAUUACCACAGCCUCUUCACCGGGUUCCUGCCCGCGGGGCUGCGUGAGCUGGUGGGCGGCCUGGCCGCCUGCGAGGACAUCCUGAUGAACGUCCUGGUGGCCGCCGUCACCAAGCUGCCGCCCAUCAAGGUCACCCAGAGGAAGCAGCACAAGGAGGCUGUGCCCCAGCAGGUGAAGGGCACGGCGGCGACCAGCAGCCGGGGUUUCUCGCAGCAGCAGGACUGCCUCAACCAGGUGGCAGACUGGUUCGGGUACAUGCCCCUCGUGUCCUCCCAGCUGCGCCUCGACCCCGUGCUCUUCAAGGACCAGGUCUCCAUCCUGCGCAAGAAAUACCGCCACUUGGAGAGGCCCUGAGCCCUGCUGGGCACCCCAUCCCCAUCGCACGGACCUCGCGGGGAGCAGCGGAUCCCUCCCGGAGUGAGCGCUGGGGUGGCUGCCGAUGGGGUUUUACUCGGUAUUGGGUUUUACCAGUACAAUGAAGGUCGGGGGAGGCACGGAGACGGAUGCAGGGUGAGCAGAGUCUGGCUGGAGGCUGCAGGAUGCGGGAUGAGCCAGCUGUGCCUGGUGGUGGCACAGCAGGGGACCCCGGUGCCACCGUGCCCAGCACAUCGGGGCUGCCCUUGGGGCUUGGUGGUGGCUGCUGCGUUCCCAGGCACGGUCCCCAAGCAGUGGCAGCACCCAGGAGGCUGCGUUCGGGGCAGCCCCACACUAGCAGCGUCCCCACUAGGUGCUGCAGAGGUGCCCGUGUCCCUGCAGUUGUUUCAUGCACUGGGCGCUUCUGCCACCAUCCCCACCCUGUGAGCAGCAGGGAGGAGACAGCGAGUGCUUGAGCUUCCCAAAAGCAAACAGGGGAGUGAUAAGAGGUGAGAGCACUGCAAUCAUCCUCCCUCCCCAGGCUGGGACGGACCCCGAGCACCCGGGGGCUCCUCCCCAGGUGCCCCUGCACCCCCCUUUCCUCCCCGAAGUGAAAUAAAAGGGAUAUUUCAGCUGCUUUUCCCAGCUGCACUG